CAGUAAGCAGUGCCCUCACAGCCUCUUUUUCUCUGUGUCAAAUCUGGAAUCAAUUUAUUCAGUUUUGACCAACAGACCCAGUCCAAUCCCACUCACACUUCGCAUUGCAGUGCUGUACGGGCCGUUCAAGAGCUGCCGCUGACUGGUUCUGACUGGGAUUUCCCCUACAACCCCCGCUACAUCAAGCACAAUGAAUGAAUGAAGCCUUGACGCUACCACCCUCUCAGAGGGACUUGCAAAGUGCAACAAAGCCACCAAGACCCUGUGGAGUCAGAGUCGAGGCGUUGAGCCCUUCUCUUACUAGACUAGACCUAGAAUACCUAGAUAGUAACCCUGGUCUCAUUUACGCGCCACGCCUUGUUCGUUCCCGGUCUCCACGCGUCUUUGAGGCCAUGCUGCCUGUUAUGGAUGAUGCGGCCAUCACAUCUUCUAUUUCGUUUGGGUUAAGAGAAGUCUGUUUCCCCCUGAUUUCAAGACACACUCCCCUACCUUGGACCUUUUCCUUCGUCUGUUCAUCUAUUUUCCUUUGUAUCUUGCCGUUUAAGUGCGACAACAGUUAUAGCCUUACUUGGUCUAGUUACGCACAAUAUACAUUUACCAGCAAACCUUCUAGUAAUAGACUAGAAACAGAUAUUGAUUUAUCAUUUCUUUUCUCUUUUUUCUUUUUUUCUUCACUAAGAUGGCGACUUGGAAAGACUUAGACGACGUUUCGAGGCGGACAACAAGGGCAACACGGGCCAGGGAAGACGAUGACUGCUGGUCUGUCUGCUCAGCUGACAAUGUGUACCCGCCCGCCGACCACCUCUCCGAUUUAGUUUCCAGGAGCGAGUCCAUCCUUUCGAACCUGAACAAGAAAGACAUCAACCUCCCGCCAACCAAUUCAACCGAUAACGAUCUCGAUUACGAGAGCGACUACGGCCCUCCCGGUGGCUCUAUUGGGAGGAUGCCCAGCAGGAGGUUUGGUAGUCGCAGGAGCAAGAGGGUCAGGAACAUCUCAAAUGUUCCUCUGCCCGAGAUCAAACCGCUUUCAAUCCGCCACACAGAGCUCAGGAUCAGCAGCGCCGGCUCGGCCCCCAGCAGACAAGUGUCUGUGGGCACCGAUAAAUCUAUCAGAAAUCAGCCGCUGCCUUCCCCGAUUGAGCAAAUUGAGACGUUCGAAGAGGCUCUUGCCCACAUGUCUGAGACUCCCAUCAGGACCCCACCGUCAAGAUCAUCGAGCAAGGUAACUCAAAACACCAGCAACCUCUCUCGGAGCAGCAGCGAUUACUAUUCAUCCAGUGCGACUGCGAAUGACGGCAACAACACACGCAGCAUCAGCACUCGGAGUCGGUCCUUGUCGAUGGCCAAGAGCCCUGGGCGACUGGGCCGUUCAAAUUCUUCGAGCCUUCGCCGUCUGGAUGAAAAGUCUCUUGACAUUGGCUGUGACGCUGAUAUGGUCGAUAUCCCCAUCGUUGAUGACGAUGGUAGACGCGAGGCGCUUGGUAUCUCCCGUGGACUGACUGCGAACUCGGCCGACCCCGAAAACCCACUCCCUCCAUAUACCGCGUUUUCGCUCCACGGCUCUGCCGGACAGUCAGGCGCAAGCCACACGGGGGAGCCGGCGGACGGCAUGGGAAAGGAGGGCAGCGUGCUAUACACCAUACGGCUCGUCGUAGUCAUCCUGGCUCUUGUCUUGUCCGUUUUGAUCGUUGGCCUGAACAUCAACAUAAUCACGCCCACAACUCCUCGCCAAGCCAAGAACCCAGCAGAUUCGCUCAAGGGCACCACCUGGUAUGUCUCAGCUUACCUAUGGGGCCUGUGUGCAUUUCAACUUCUGUUUGGGCGACUAUACAUUGAAUACACACCGCACUGGGUUUUCGCUGCUGCUCUACUAAUUUUUGAAAUCGGCUCUCUUUUUGCUGCGGUCGCUCCGUUCGAAGCCAUUCUCAUAUUGGGGCGGACGGUCCAGGGCAUCGGCGCCGCUGGCAUUCUGUCUGGCGCGCUAUUCCUCGGCUCCCUCGUUGCACCGCUCACCAUGCGGUCAAUGAUCGUGGGUAUGCUAGGCGGAACGGCUGCAGUAGCCAUGGUUAGCGCCCCAAUGCUCGGCAGUGCGUUUGCGGCACAUGUGAACUGGAGAUGGUGUUUCUACACCAGCAUCCCCAUAUGCACCGUCAUCAUUGUCAUCAUCCUUUACUGCCUGCACGAGGUGGGCAGGCCGAGAUCCUCUCCACGCGCGUCUGGUGUCAUCACAAAGGAUAUGAACCUACGACAGAGGUUCCAUGCCUUCUCCCGCAAGCUCGACCUUUUGGGUGUCUUGAUUCUGCUGCCACUCGCUAUCAGUCUGCUGCUCGCACUACAAUUCGCUGGGCGCAAAUAUGAAUGGAACUCAUGGUUCAUCAUCAUUUUGUUCCUGAUCACCAUCGUCUUUAUACUUGCGUUUGUAUACUCGCAGCACAAAGCUGCAGACGACGCCCUGCUCCCCCUCCGGUUUUUCAAGAAACGGACUGUCAUUUCGAGUUUCUGGUUUAUGCUUUGCAUUAGCGCUGCCGCCCUUGUCGUCACAAAGUUUAUCCCCCUUUGGUUUCAACUGAUUCUUAAUUACCCAAGCGCUGUUGCGGCUACCUAUUUAUGGCCGAUGCUUGUCGGAACAAUUCUGGGGGCCCUUGGCUCCGUUGUAUUUGUCUACUGUUUUGGGCACUACGCGCCCUUGCUAAUCUUUGGAACCCUACUCAUGUCAGUAGGGGCCGGUUUACUAACAACAUGGAAUGGGGCGACUGCGGGCUCUAUCCUACUAACUGUGGUUCCAGCCGCCGUCGGCCUCGGGUUUGGUACAGCCUUCCAGCAGCCCUUCGUCGCCGUCCAGGCCUCGCUUGCCGAUAGCGACGACCUGUCGCUCGGAUUUUCCAUAGUCGCUUUUGCCCAGGCGCUUGGAUCUUCCAUCAUGAUCCUCAUCGCUGAGAACCUCUUCGCGAACAGCCUGGCAGACACAAUCCUCGACAAAACUGGCAUCUCUGUCACACCCAACCAGGCUCUCAAGUUUGACCUGAUCAAGACGACCGUGCAGAAAGCUAACGGAGACACAGCUAACCUCACUGACGCGUAUAACAAAUCAUUCACGCAGGCCUUCGUUCUCUCAGUUGUUAUGGCAGUGCUGUCCAUCAUCGGCGCCCUUGCAGUCCGCUGGCAUAAUGUCAAGGAGGCGGAGCGUAGGGCGGCGGCUCAGGCAAAACUGAGUAUGAGCGAGAAGCAGCAAAAGUACCAAUACCGAUCUAACAACCCCAACUCAUACUCCCCCCGUAACAACCAAGCCUCAAUGGCAUAUAACAUCAUUGACAGCAGCAAGCAGGGCAGCCCUGGUACCCAACCACCGCAACAGCACUUUUGUUAUGAACUUGACGCCAGCAGGCCGCAGCCAUACGACCAUUCUGGGACCAAGAAAGAAUCUCCAUACAGCCAGAGCAGUCAACAAUUUAGCGUCGGUACAGUUGCAGUCAAUAACAACAACAGCAGCAGCAGCAGCAGCAGUAUGGAAAACGGUUCCGACGUCCAGGGGCCUACAGCCGACUUGGGGUCGUACCAAUCAUCGCCGUACGAGAUGCAGCGCACGCAAGGCUUAGGCCUCAGCGGCGGUGGCUUCUACAACGGCGUGGAGCGCCAAGCCUCCACUUCGUCCACUGGAACGAACCACCGUCAGAUCAGGGGCAUUUACUGA